GUCAAGAACCAAAUCAUGAAAAUCAAAUCGAAAAACUAAAUAUAUCCUACACUGUAGUUAUCGAUCGUUUCCCUAAAAAAUAUAUUUACUGGCAAAAUGUACAACAAGAGAUUUUGCGAGAACAUUACAAAAAGACAUUUGAUACAAUUCUUGCAUGGAAUGAAGGUGUAGAAAGAUCUCAAGUUGAUUCUGAAAUACAAUCUGAUAUAGCAUGUGACGACGAUAAAGAUAAUCAAAUUAUGUCUCUUAGUGAGCUCCAAGAAGCACAUGAUCAAAAGCAUUAUGAUGAAGAUAUAGGAGAAAAGCCGAUAUUGUUCAAAACACUCUCGAAAGAUCUUAAUACAAUUCAGAAAGAGAUUUUACGCAAAGAAUACGAUCAACAAGUUAAAAUAUUUAACACAAAAAUGCAACAAAUACGUAAUGCCAUUCAAUUGGAUAGUUAUUUGUUAAAAGAAUCAGUUACUUCUACAGAUUUAUUGUUGAAUAAAGUUUCUUCUAAUAAAGCACCAUUAUUUAAUCAUUCCGGGUUUUUUUAUGAUAUGAAAGCAGAAAAUUUUGGCGCCGAGAAGGGUACACCGCCUGUAUGUCUUGUUUGUUAUAAAAGCACUCAUGUUAAAUCCGAUUGUCCUGAAUUGUCUCUCCCAAAGCUGAUUGAUUUGCCAUCAGUUAGUAAAAACUGGAUUAAUAUCAUUUCAAAUAUUUGUGGACGAGUUAUGGGUAUAUGUGUUGAUAUUCAUUUUAUAUUCUUCUUAAUUGUAUUUAUGUUUCCAGAUCAAUGUAAACUGAGCAAAGAAGAUAUUGAAAAGCGAGACGAAAUUUUAAACUAUUUACAAAAGGAAUUUGAAAAAUGCUAUCCGUUAUGUAGUGUUCAUGGAAGUGGAUCAGCUUAUAAUGGUUUUGGAUUUCGACAAAGUGAUCUGGAUGUUUGUGUUUUAUUAAAAGAUCAGACUGAAGAAUUGAAUAUUAUUAUUUUGGAAAAAUUAUUUCGAAUUAUUCAAUCAGAACCUCAAAAAUUCAGAGAUAUUGAAUUAGUACGUGAUGCUAGAGUUCCUAUUAUUCGAUGCAUAGACAAUCAAUUUAAUAUUGAAGUUGAUCUUAGUGUUAAUAAUGCUCUUGCGGUUGAAAAUACUCGACUAUUAAAAAUCUAUACAGAAGUUGAUUCUCGUGUGUCUCAAUUAGGAUAUAUGCUCAAACAUUUAGUUAAGAUAUGUGAUAUUGGCGAUGCGAGUAAAGGAACAUUAUCAAGCUAUGCAUAUAUCAAUAUGGUGAUACAUUUUCUUCAACAAAUUCAACCACCUGUUCUUCCGAUUCUUCAACAAUUAAACAACGAUCCAUCGAAUAAGAAUGAUAUGAUUCGUCAAUGUAUGGAGUCGAAUGUAUAUUUCUAUGAUAAUUUACCUAAACUAGGAGCAGUUUGGGUAAAUAAAAAUGGACCGAAUACAUUGACAGCAGGUGAAUUAUGGAUUGAAUUUUUACGUUAUUAUACCGAACAAUUCGAUUAUGAAAAAAAUGUUGUCACUAUUCGACAAUUUGAGCCAUUAGAGCGUUACAAGAAAGGAUGGUUUAACAAAACAAUUGCCAUCGAAGAUCCUUUUAAUUUAACGCAUAAUUUAGCGGAUAAAUUAUCUCAAAAGAACUGGACACUUAUUCGCCUUGUUUUUAUCCAAGCUCGACAACGAUUUGGUACAGAAUGCAAAGAUCGUGUUAUACAAGAUUCUGAUAUCGACUGGAUUCAGGAUUAUCUUUUCAAUCGAAACUUUUUACUUUUGGAAAAUCCAAGAAAAUUAGAUAAAGCUAAUAAACAAACAGCUGAACCGCUUCAAUCUCUGAUGGGAAUUCGUGUUGAUCCAAAAUAUUAUCAAUCCUAA